CUCCGGUGCACCUUCUGCGCUGUGGAGCCUCUGGGGCUCAGCUGGGCGGUGGUCGGGUCGUGGGGCGGUAGGGCGGGAGGGGGGGAAGGGAAAAGCAAAAGCUGGAAAAGAAGCAGGGGAGUCGUGAACCAGACAUCCAGACCUCCUGAAGGGCUCGUGCAGACGUACAGGCGGGAUCUUCUGGAAGUCCACAUUUUUAUCUGGGAUCCUUUUGCUUCUGCCUGGAGGACUCUUAAGAUUUCUUGUAGCGUGGGUUGGAUACAUGAUCCCUUAAUUCAGGCUCAGUCUGAAGAACUGACCCACUCACGACAGAAGAUACAGGAAGGGAGAGGUGUCUGCUACCUUUUCACCCAGCAUGUGAAGAACACAGUCAAGUCUUUUGAGGGCCUUUUCAGGAACACUGGCAUUGCCUACUACCAGAGACAGAGAUUCUGUGAGCAAAUGGUACAAGGAAGCCAGCUGACAGAGAUCCUUGUCAGAAAACUUGCCACAGAAAAUCACAACGGUAAGAAAAAUGAAGACAGGCAAAAGCCACUGGCUCCUAGGUAACUCUAAAUGAUGAAGGGGCUGAUAAUGGACUGACCAAAUCUAGAGAGGAUUCCAGAAGCAAGGACUCAAGAGGUUAAAGGUCCCAGAUCUAGAAAAAGCAGAAACUGCUGAUUGUUCCUUUUUUUGUUGACUGAUUAUACAAUGUGUCCUUUUAAAAAUGGUUCUCUGUUCUCUUUGCAGUUCUUGUAUUGGUUCCUAGUUCCUACUAAUUUCUCACACUUAGUUAACUAGUCAGUCUUACUGAAAAGUAAACUAACCAGGGAUCCCUGGUUUCUGUAUCUUUAAAACCUAUAGGGUUACAAACCAAAGUGAGAUGCCUAUCUAGUUUCUGCACAGUUGUCCUGAAUUAUGUUGGCAGAUAUUUUAUACCUAGAAAUUCACCUUGAAAAAUAAAUUGAAACCAUACCAAAUAUUUGGAGCUAGGGGUCUAAAGUCUGCAAAAGCCCUGGGAGGUUGUGUUGUCUCAAGAGCCAGUAUUCAAUGGACCAAUCCACAUCAUAGUAAAUAAAAUUUGAACACAGCAUUUUGAAGCCAAUAGUAUGGGUCUC